GCGCUGCCGCCGUCGCACGCCGCCCCCCGGUGCGCCCCUCGAUGUGAUUUCACACAGUGUAAUAGAAGGAGCUUUUUCGUUCCAAGGUGAUUGAGAUGCGAUCGUUGGCCUCGCGUCGCGCUGCCGCAGCCGUCGUCGUCGCCGCCGUCGGUUCCGUGCCUAGACGCCGUUACUGCUGCUGCCGCCGAAGCCGCCGCCCCCCGAUGAGCAGAGGAGUCGCCGCCGAUGAUGCCGUCGUAGUCGUGCGCGCCGUCGCCCUCGGAAAUGUCGCGGCCCCGCGUCACCAAUAGACGCGCUGCCGACGCCGCCGCCGCCAACGUCGUCGACGCCGCCACCGCCACCACUAUGCACGCCGCCGAGGUCACGUAAGCAAAAGUGAACAAGCUUAAAAAAAAACAAAAAAGAAAAAGAAACAAAAAAAGCCCUCCUCUUUAAAUAAAGGAAUAAACAUAAAGGAAUAAGAAGAGAAAAGCGUCUUUUCUUUUCCUCACUUUACGUGUAUAAUACUGUUAUUGUAUUAUGUAAAGGAGGAGCCCCCUUCGAGACACACAGACAUAAAUACAUAUAUAGCAUAGAGAAAAAGGAUAAAAAGAGAGGUGAUAAAGCGGAUGAACGAGCGAGCAAAAAGGAUGGUGGUUUGUCGUCACGUCACCGCGACCCUCUUCUAAAUAACUAACAUAAUACAACAUUUAAAAAAUCAACAACAAUAACAAGUCAGAUUUCUUUUAAUUGUUUCUUUCUAACCUAAACCAACAAAAGUAAAGAGACGAGGAUAAAGAAAACCAUUGACAUCCAAAAGAUACAAAAUAGUUUUUCUUUUAUCGUCUCGGUAAAAAAAAGUGGUGGAGGAGGAGGACGAGGAGGAGGUGGAAGAGAUUGAAAAGCACAAGAAGGUGGUGAAGGAAAAGAAGAAGGUACGAAGAAUAAGAAGAAGGAAGCCGCCGUUACAAUGGCGGCUCAUGGGGUUGUCACGUCGGUUGGUGCCAUCGAACAACAAUCGCACCACCAUCAAACGACGACGACGACGCCCCAGCACGGCCACACCUUCGGCAAAAAGACCUUCCACAAGCCGACCUACUGCCAUCACUGCAGCGACAUGCUAUGGGGAUUGAUACAACAAGGAUUUAUAUGCGAAGUUUGUAACUUUGUGGUUCACGACAGAUGUUUGAAAACGGUGGUGUCUCCAUGUUCGAGCAUAGCGGCCUGUUUGAUAAAGAACCCAGUGGCACAUUGUUGGUCGGAAACGUUCCAUCAUAAACGCAAGUUUUGCAACGUUUGUAGAAAACGAUUGGAUGACAGCGAAUCGAUUCAUUGCGAAAUUUGUGAAUACUACGUGCACACGGAAUGUCAAGAUUUCGCGGUGGCUGAUUGCAAGGAGAAUGCCACUUAUCAUCCGGGAAAAAGGAUAACGAACGUCCACCACGAACACCACUGGCGAGAAGGCAAUUUACCUAGUAACUCCAAGUGCGCACAAUGCAAGAAAACGUGUUGGACGUCCGAAUGUCUUUCCGGUUACAGAUGCGAAUGGUGUGGCAUUACCUGUCACGCCGUUUGCCACCUAAGCAUUCCCCAAAAUUGCACGUUUGGUAUUUUGGAGCCGAUAUAUUUGCCGCCUCACGCGGUUAGCAUACCAAGAACGGAAGUUCCAAUGGAAGCCAUAAUCGGGGUUCAAGUAAGAAGAAAAGACACAUUAUCCCUCGAACGCCCCCAGAGGCCUUCUCGGGCCUUUUCAAAGGGUCUUAAACUCGUUCUCCCCGGGUCUUGUUACUUUAGAGCUCGAAGUAUAUCGGAAGAAUUUAGCAGCGGAGACAACCGGUACCGCGACAACGAAGAUUACCAACAAUCCUCACAUCCAUCAAGUCAAGCGAAGGACCGCGACAAACAAAACAAGGAGAAAGAGGAUCGCGAUGAAGAAGUGAUUAAGGUGUACGAUGGGAAUAGCUCGUUGCGAAGAAGGAUUUUUCAGACGAUCGUCGUUUCGAGACAGGCCACUUUAACGCAACUUUUGACGGUGUCUUUACGGGCGUUUCAUAUCACCAAGGACCCAAGCUUUUUCCAUCUAACCGAUUUGUACUCACCCGAUGAGGUUAGGUUGCAAGAUCCAACCCCGGUGUUGAACUUGCAUAGAAAGGAGGGAAAGAGGCCAGCAAUAUUUCUCAGAUUUAAGGAUGGUGACACGGACACAAUAGAGGUUAGAGUUUACCCAGGGAAGUUACAAGUUUCACAGGCAUUCUGCACCGUGCCCGUGGACGUAGCAACAACCGUAGCAGAUUUGAUUAAGGAAGCAUUAAGAAGAUUUGGACUUGUCGAUUUUAAAUGCGAAGAUUAUCGUUGUAGCGAGGUUUUAUUAGAUAGAGGAGUAACGGAAAGAGUUUUAUCAUGGAAUGAACGUCCUUGGGAAAUAAUGAAACAACUCGGACAAGAAAGUAUCCGCCAAAUGGAAUUGAUGCGUUUCUAUUUGCAAUUGAAACAAGAUCCGCACGGUCCAAAUUUGGCACUGUUCGUCGGCAACUUGCCGCCGAACCUCUCCGAACGAAACUACGAGUGCAUACUCACCGAGUUCCUCGGGCGCGAGAACAAAUUUUCAAAAAUCGGUCCGAUUUAUUACGAAUACGGCUCGAUGGUGAUCACUUACGAGGACUCGGAUAAGGCGGUUCGCGCCCUUUACGCACUGCGCGAAUCCAAAUUCGAAGACAAACAUCUGCUGGUGAUGCUCUUGCCCAAUAUCGAGCCGACGAUGGUUCCAACCGGCGUUCAACCGCUUCUCGUUUUCGUCAAUGUGAAAUCGGGGGGCUGUCAGGGUCUCGAGUUGAUAUCCAGUUUUAGGAAAUUAUUGAAUCCCUAUCAAGUAUUUGAUUUGGAUAAUGGGGGUCCGUUGCCCGGAUUGUACGUGUUUCGGAAUAUCCAGAAUUAUAAGAUUUUGGUUUGUGGCGGUGACGGGACGAUCGGAUGGGUUUUACAGUGUUUGGACAAUGUAGGGCAAGAUUCGCAGUGUUCGUCACCGGCUUGCGCGAUCGUCCCAUUAGGAACUGGUAACGAUUUGGCACGUGUUUUACGAUGGGGUUCCGGUUACACGGGCGGCGAAGACCCCCUCAAUUUGUUGCGGGACGUGAUCGAUGCGGAGGAGAUCCGUUUGGACCGGUGGACGGUCGUCUUUCAUCCAGAAGACAAACAGGACGACAACGUCAAGCAAGUGAACUCGACCGUCGUUGCAAGUUCAGCUGCUGGCGAAGAUAACUCACAAAUUUUUGUUAUGAAUAACUAUUUCGGAAUCGGAAUUGACGCCGAUCUGUGUCUCGAUUUUCACAACGCGCGCGAAGAGAACCCCAAUAAGUUCAACAGCCGCAUUCACAAUAAAAGCGUCUACGUUAAAAUGGGGCUAAGAAAAAUGGUUGGGCCGAAAAUUUGCAAGGAUUUACACAAAGAGGUUCGUUUGGAAGUCGAUGGAAAAUUGGUGGAGUUACCGCAAGUUGAAGGAAUUAUCAUUUUAAACAUUUUAAGUUGGGGUUCUGGUGCCAAUCCUUGGGGUCCAGAAAAAGAAGACCAAUUCUCAAAGCCCAAUCAUUGGGACGGAAUGUUGGAGGUCGUUGGAGUUACUGGUGUUGUUCAUUUAGGGCAGAUUCAGUCUGGAAUGAGAUCGGCGAUGAGAAUUGCACAAGGUGGUCAUAUAAAAAUACAUCUUCAUUCGGAUAUUCCAGUCCAGGUAGAUGGAGAACCAUGGGUGCAGAGUCCAUGUGAUGUCGUUGUUUUAAAAUCCGCGUUAAAGGUACACUUUGAAAAAAAAAGAAAUCUUA